CCCAUUGCUCCGGCAGCUCCAGCGAGCUGCCUGCCUCUUGCUCCUGCUCCUGCUCUGCUCCCUGGCUGCUGCCCGGCAGAGUCUGCCGGAGUGCUGCCGGCAGAAGACCUGCUCCUGCCGCAUCUAUGACCUCCUGUACGGCAUGGGCAACCACGCCGCCGGCAUCCUCACGCUGGGCAAGAGGAAGAGCAUCCCCCCGGCCUUCCAGAGCCGGCUCUACCGCCUGCUGCACGGCUCCGGCAACCACGCUGCGGGCAUCCUCACCAUGGGCAAGCGUGGGGAGCACCCUGGCAUGGCGUGCCACAAUGCAUCGGGCUGCCCCAUAGGCACGGACGCCCAGCCGAUGCUGGUGCUGCAGGGCGCCGAUGCCAGCCCUGCCAGCCCCAGGGAAUGCCAGGAACACUCAGGGAAGGACCUGACCAAGAGCCAGGCCCCAGGAGCGGCAAACAGCUUUAACUGAGAGGGGUGUGGGCAGUGGCAGAAGAGAGGGGAUCUGUGGCGGGACGGACCCCUGGGACACACGCCUGGAGCUGGGUGUAAAUAGCACUUUUACGUACCUCCUCCUGGCCCUGGCCGAGCCUGCUCAGGGCGCCGCAGGCACCGCUGGGCUUUUACAAUAAAUGGUAGCCCGAUGUGA